GAGAAGCCAUUAAAUGCGAGUGAGGAGGGAAAGGGAUCUGAGACUGGCGAAGGAGUGCGACUGCAAGCGUUGCCAACCACCCGACCUGUUCCCUCGGCGCCAUGAAGACCGCCCUGUUGCUCGCCGCCGCCGUCGUGGCCCUUUCCUGCACCGCUGAUGCGGAUGGAUCCUGGUGUGACUGCUCCCUCAUGGUCAAUUAUGAGACUUCGAUCAUCAUGGUUUAUAAGUUUCCCGAGAUCGAUGUUGGGUCAUGCACUGAUGACCUUGCUUGCUCUAAUGAAUGCAGGAAAGCGAUUAACAAUGACGCUCCGGGUAUAGAUCUCUGGGCGCCGGAUGGACACGGCCACAAUCUGGGAGACCACGUGUGUGAAUUCCUCUACAAUACCGAACAUAUACCCUUCAUCUUCAACAAAAUUGUCCAUGGCUACUUCCGCACAUGCGGAGGCCCCUGGAGGUACACAGAGCAGGACUCGAUAGACAUGCUGUGCUGCGACCUGGGCGUUCACGAUCACUGCACCGGGAAGUAAGGGCCGCCCGUGUUUAUAACCAAGAGCAUCACUGGCCUUUGGCGACGGCGCGCUAGACCCACUGAAGAAAGUUGAAGGGAAAGGGAGGCUGAAUCCUAAAUCAAUGUUUUAUUUGAUGAUGACACACUAAACCUUUUGAAAUAGAAAGGAGAGGGAUUUUGAUUCAUAAAUAGAUACCUUAUUUGAUAAUGACACACUAAAAUUUAUGGAAAUUAAAGGAGAGGCGAGGUUGCAUCCUAAAUGAAUUUUUUAUUUGAUGAUGACACGCUGAACCUUAUGAAAUUUAAAGGAUAGGGGAUUUUUGAAUAAUAAAUGAUUGUUUUCUAAGUCAGCUAAAUUCACACCUUCGAUUGUUUUUCGAUUUAGAAAAAUCCCAUUCAGAAAUCCCGACUGUAUACUCUUGGAAUCCCAUACAUAGGCUUCGAUUCCUUUAAACACCUACAACUCCUUUCCACUCGCCUUGUUUCUGGAAGAUGUGAACAAUAAAGGUUGAAAUCA